AUGAUGGUCCACUGCGCGGGGUGCGACAGGCCCAUCCUGGACCGGUUCCUGCUCAACGUGUUGGACCGAGCCUGGCACGCCAAGUGCGUCCAAUGCUGCGAGUGCCACUGUAACCUGACGGAGAAGUGCUUCUCGCGUGAUGGGAAGCUUUAUUGUAAAAUUGACUUUUUCAGGAGGUUUGGGACGAAGUGCGCUGGCUGCCUCCAAGGCAUCUCUCCCAGCGAUCUGGUGCGCAAGGCGCGCAGCAAGGUGUUCCACCUCAACUGCUUCACGUGCAUGGUGUGCAACAAGCAGCUGUCCACGGGCGAGGAGCUCUAUGUCAUCGACGAAAAUAAGUUUGUGUGCAAAGAAGACUACCUAAGCUCAGGGGCUGUCAAGGAAGUCAAUUUGAAUUCAGUGUCAUCAUGCACAGACAGAAGUUUAUCGCCGGACCUCCAGGACCCGAUACAGGACGAUACAAAAGAGACGGACAAUUCCAUGUCCUCGGAUAAGGACAUGAACAAUAACGAGAAUGAGGAGCAGAAUUCGGGCACGAAGCGGCGAGGCCCGCGGACCACCAUCAAAGCCAAGCAGCUGGAGACGCUGAAGGCUGCCUUCGUGGCCACGCCGAAACCCACACGACACAUUCGGGAACAGUUGGCCCAGGAGACGGGACUCAACAUGCGGGUUAUACAGGUGUGGUUCCAGAACCGUCGAUCUAAGGAGAGGAGGAUGAAGCAGUUGAGUGCUUUGGGGGCCCGGCGGCACGCCUUCUUCAGAGGGCCCCGGCGGAUGAGGCCCCUGGGAGGACGACUGGAGGACCCAGACAUACUGGGGCCUGGGGCCUAUGGAUACUACACAGAGUACCAGGGCGACUACUACGGAGGAGGGGGAAACUAUGACUUCUUCCCCCACGGCCCUCCCUCCUCUCAGGCUCAGUCUCCAGCAGAAUCCCCCUAUAUCCAUGGAGGUGCCAUGGAGGGCUCUGUGUCAGCCCACCACCCCUCUGAUGACCAGAGGUUCACGGACAUGAUCUCCCACGCAGACACCCCCAGCCCUGAGCCCGGCCUGCCCAGCUCCCUGCAGCCCGUCCCUGGGGAUGUGUAUGGAGGGGGGCCCAGCCCACCCUUCUCCCUGGCUAGUAACUCUAGCUACAGCGCCCCCAUGUCCCACCCCGGACAGGAGAUGGGAGAGACCACCGUCUGGUAG